UCUCCCGAGUCUCCAUCCCAAUCACCAUCAAGAUACCGACCCCGGGUCCAGUCCUGAUCCUUGGUCCGCACGCCUAGGUCCCGGUCCCAGGCGUAGUCCGGACUCUUUUCGUACCCCGGGCAUCAUGAAGGAGGAACCGCCGACCCAGAGGACCCCACCCGCCUCGCCCACCCCGUCCUUGUCCUUGCAGCCCCCCAGGGAGGACAGCGACCCCCCAGCACUCUGGAUUUUCGGCUAUGGUUCCUUAGUAUGGAGACCAGAUUUCGCCUACAGCAACAGCCGUGUGGGCUUCGUCCGCGGGUACAGCCGCCGUUUCUGGCAAGGGGACACCUUCCAUCGGGGCAGUGACAAGAUGCCUGGUCGGGUGGUGACCCUUCUUGAGGACCAUGAGGGCUGCACAUGGGGUGUGGCAUAUGAGGUGCGUGGGGAACAGAUCAGUGAAGCACUCAAGUAUCUGGAUGUUCGAGAAGCUGUGUUAGGGGGCUAUGACACCAAGGUGGUGACCUUCUACCCUCAAGAUGCUCCAGACCAGCCUCUGCGGGCCCUGGCCUAUGUGGCCACCCCUCAGAACCCUGGUUACCUGGGGCCUGCUCCAGAAGAGGACAUUGCCACCCAGAUCCUGGCCUGCAGCGGCCGUUCUGGCCACAACCUGGAGUACCUGCUGCGCCUGGCGGACUUCAUUCGGCUGUGUGGACCCCAAGCCCAGGAUGAGCACUUGGCAGCUAUUGUGGAUGCUGUUGGUGCCCUUCUGCCCUGCUUCUGCCCCUCUGGCCAGACUUUGGCCAUGGCCUGAGCUUGGGGGACCCAGAGCUCCUUUACCCACCAUGAUGGGGAUUGACCCUGACUGUGGGCUAACUCCUGUUCUCAUUUUCUUCUCCCACCUUCCCUCUAUGGUGGACAGACUUUUAAGGAGGUUGUGAGGACUUGAGCAGGUCUUUGGUGGAGGUGCUGUGGUGGUCUUUCCCUUUUGAGCCCCUUUGCUGCUGUAUAGAAGUCCCUUUCUUGUCUCCUCCUAAUGCACCUCCUCUUAGACAGGCUCCCUCCACUCCCUUCCAAUUCCUCAUCCCAUUCACUGGUACAUGACUUGAAAAUAUAUUUAUUUUGCACCAUGAUGGUGUGGAGGGUAGGGGCAACAAACCCUGAUCUAAGAAGUCCUGCUGAGCAGGGCUGGACUCAUCCUCUGGAGCAGAGGGCCUCAGAACUGUCCACGGGCCCUUUUGGCCAAACUUCCCUCCUCUCCCCCUCCUUGCUGCUGCUAUCACCAGGCCACCCAGCCUGGGCCCCCUUCUUGGUGGGGGAGGGGAACCCAGAGAUUUGAAGAGCCCCUUUUCUUACUGUCCAAUCAACCUUGUCCAAACUGAGCCUGAGAUCCCAUCUGCCAAAGCUUUGCUCCAGUUGGACACUACAUACUGGUGAGGUGAUAGGAGGUGAGCCAAGGAGAGAGAGGUUCUUGGCUGCCCCUAUCUCACUAUGCCUGGGGGCUAUGACUGCCAUGCAGGAGGACAUGCCACCCAGCGUUCUUAGAGUCAGGGCUGCUAUGGCCCAGCCGCUGGCGUUCAUCUAUCUGCUCAUUCUAUCCAUGUCUGUCUGUACCUGUCCAUUGGGCUAUUUCUUGUAAGGGAGAAGGGCCCUACUUGUCUGUCUUUCUGUCUGUCUGUCAGUCAGUGUGUCUAUCUCUGGGAAGCUCAGUGUUGUUGACUGCUGUCUUUCUGUGUCUGCCUCCUACAUAUAAACUACUCCAUUAUUCA